GCUGUUUCUUUCAUAUUAUAGCCUUAUGGUGGUUAGGUUAGUAAUUAUGCAGUUACAUUAGUAAUGCUUUGGAAUUACAGAAACUAGGCGCUUUGGUAAUAGAUUGGCGAAUCCCCGUUCUACUUUAAAAGCCUCUGAGGUUGCUUUUAGCACAGGUGUGUGCCUUCUAGUUAUCUUUGGACAACAGAAAUGCCCUUCUUGACUGUCCUGACACCUCGGUGUGAGGUUGGACGCAAGUCAUAUGAGCCAACGCAUAACUUGGAGGCCGCUGUUCGCGAGCUGUUACGCACAGCAGAAGUCCCGUCUGAAUAUCCCUUCAUCGUGAAGAACGGUGCCGGGGAUGUCCUCAACGUCACACCUCAACGGGUUGUGGGCGGGCAGGACCUCAUUGUGGAGGUCUGCACUUUAGUGCUGAGUGUCUUCCAGCAGCAAGUGAAGGAGUCCGACCGGAAACUGGACCGGAAACUGGAUGGCGUUACCCUCAUCCUUGAGAACUUGGCUGAGGUGCCGCUCCGUGACUGCUCAGCGCAAAUUAUGACGACAGCACUUGGGCUUAUCCAGCCACACAGCACGGAGCACGACGUAAUUGGGAACUUGAACCCUGGCGACCCGGUUCUCAAGGGGAUGGCCGGCUUGGCAGGCGAGGCUGUCAACGUCUUCCAAACUAAGGCGGACGCGGUAAUCGAGUGCUGCAACAACGGCGGAGGACACCAAUGCACCUUAAAACUGCUGGAGGAGGAGGCGCGGCGCUGCAAGCUGUACCUGGACAAGCUGCCCAGCCUAAGGGACAAGUGCAAGUGGGAGGCGUGGACGCUCGACAAUUACGAGAACAUCAAGAAGCUCUGCCCAGAGCGCUUCCAGACUGAGAAGUCUUCUAAGAAGGUUAAGAAAUGACCAACUUCUGGGGCCUCUAUCAUGGCGACUAGCAACCGCCCUGAGCAUGUAGCUGGGCUGCCCUGGCACUUAUCUGGGAAGCACUUCAUCGCCUGCGGCACUCCAACUUCCUGCUCGAUGUGCUUUGCUGCCUGCUAGGAGCUGCUUGCCGGGUGGACUGAGAGAUAGUGACAAUGGUAGCGGCUAGUGGAAUGGAGACCUCUCUGCAUGCUGGCUUGCAGAAGAUACGAGCUGUUCGUGGCUGCAGGUGAAGUGGACGUGGUAAAUGCAAGAGGUUGGGCACAACAGAAAGCUAGUGGGGAUGGGUCUGGGAUGUGGGAUGAAAGGCAUGUUGUACAGAGAGGGCUGGUAAAGGUGGAUAGCAAAAUGUUUAUUGGUGGGCGCUGGCAUGGGGUCACUCAUGUGGAUGGGCUGAAAAGGCGGUCAGAGAGUCGUCGCGGCUAUAGUGGCGCAUCGCGCAUGCCAGUGGCGCCUCGGGGGGCAUGUUUUUGCCCAUCUUGUCCAUGUUGCACGCCAUGUAGCCAAUCAACGACGGCGCGUCAGAGGCAUCAUGGGGACCCCAUCACUAUAGGCCCUGACGAAAAAGAAGGCGGGUGGACGGAGUGGCAACCUGGCCGGAACACUGCUGGCCGCCAUGUACCUCUGCCUACCUAGCUGGCGCAUUGGUGAUGAACACCGUGUUUCCGUCGCCACCUCCGAGCCCGCUGUCGCCCCGGCCGGCAAGGGCAGCGUUAUGGCUGCAACGGGACGACACCAGCGGCUGGUGAUGCAAGAGCCCCGGGGCAAGGCCAGUACGCCGUGGUGCCCGUACGUAUAUCAAGCGGUGACAGAACACUUGGAAUGGGAAAGGGUGCAGCUAGGAGUAGUGACGGACGAGGGCUAUGUCCUGGGUGGAGACCCAGAGGCAAUCAACGACGCGACGUGGCAGGGGUCUAGGGGAGGCAGACCCGUGGGUCACAUCGCUGCGGGUCUUUAGGAGGGAGGAGCGCGGCGAAGCGGCCAUACCGGACGUCUUGUGCUGUGAGUGUCUGAACAUAUUGAGUGUUGGCAGCUGCAUGUGGGUUACGUGCGCGGACAGAGCUGGC